AUGGACCAAGACGCGUCCCAGCAAGAGCCUCAGUGCUUCACCUCCGCCGAUCGCAUUCGACAGCUCAAUGAAGUAGACAAGGAUGUCACUCGAUUAAUCCAUUCUGCCGGCCUCGCUAUUCAAGCUCUGACCAACACCAAACCAGACCCUUCCUCCCCCGCACCAGAUGGAUCACUAGACUCGCACAAAGCACGGUUCAAGGAAGCAACAUCCCAAUACUUUGCGCUGCUAUCAUCGAUCGAUGUUCGACUACGUCGUCAAGUUUACGCCCUAGAGGAAGCAUCUCUACUAGCACCAGAGACAUCGCGCGCAGGAGACACUAAAGGCACCCGAAACGACAAGAGCGCAGCCGCGUCAAACAGUGCCUACAACCCGCUGGAGAUUAGCAGACUCAACAACCGAAAGGAUACAGUUGGAAAGGACAAGGAGGCCGAAUUAUGGGCUGCCGCACGAUCGUUUGUUGAGCAGCUCGACAAGCCCGAGUCGAGUCAGGACAAGAUCGUCAACGACCCCGAUAACAUGCAGGUGGAUUGA